UUCUUCUUAAUCUUUAUUUUUUAAAUCCGUGAAACUUGUGACUUUGUACUUGGCUGAUUAGGUCAUUUUCUUUCCUUCCACUCCAAAGUAGACUGCUGGGUAGCCCAAUAUUAGGUUCCAUUUUCUCUAGCAUAAUCAUGUAUCCUUCUAUGAAGAAUGACUUAAUCCUAAGAGCUGCGAGAGGAGAAACAGUUGAACGACCACCUGUUUGGAUUAUGAGACAAGCAGGAAGAUACUUGCCAGAAUAUCACAGAGUUAGGUCGAAGCAGGGAUUUUUUGAGAUGUGCCAAACCCCGGAAACGUCUUGCGAAUUGACGCUCCAACCCAUUAAUCGUUUUGACGGCUUACUCGAUGCUGCCAUCAUUUUUAGCGAUAUCUUGGUAAUUCCUCAGGCUCUUGGUAUGCAGGUUGUUAUGCUUGAGCAAAAAGGCCCUCACUUUCCUGAGCCAUUGGCAACACCCGAGGAUCUUGAAAAGUUGGAAAAGGUCCCCAAUAUUCCAGCUAAAUUGGGAUACGUGAUGGACGCGAUAUCGUUGACUAGAGAAAAUUUAGAUGGAAGAGUUCCUCUCUUGGGGUUUUCAGGAGCUCCUUGGACUAUUGUGGCUUACAUGAUUGAAGGAGGUGGUUCUAAAACAUUUACAAAAGCAAAGUCUUGGCUUUUCCGUUAUCCAGAGGCUUCUCAUCGUCUUUUGAAUAUGGUUACUGAAGCUACCAUUGUAUAUCUUACGCAGCAGGUUUACGCAGGUGCUCAGAUGCUUCAAAUUUUCGAUUCUUGGGCUGGUGAGCUUUCACCCAAAGACUUCUUUGAAUUUUCGUACCCCUAUUUGGUAAGAAUUUGCGAAGGAGUGAAGAAGGAGCUGAGUAAAAGCAAACGAGCCGUACCGAUGAUUGUAUUUCCCAAAGGAGCCUGGUAUGCUCUUGACAAGCUUUGCGAUUCUGGUUACGAUGUUAUUGGUCUUGACUGGACUGUGGAUCCUAAAGAGGCUGUUCGUAUUCGUGGAGAUCGCCGCGUCACUUUCCAAGGCAAUUUGGAUCCAAAUAUUCUAUACGGUGGAAGAGAAAUUAUUGAAGCUCGUACCAAAGAAAUGAUAGAGGGUUUUAAUGGUGGAAAACAGGGCUAUAUCAUAAAUUUGGGACAUGGCGUAACACCAGGUGUCAACCCAGACGAUGUUCGUUUCUUUUUAGAACAAUGUCAUAAAUACGGCUCUCAAAAGUGAGCUGAUAAAUAAACUUUCUUUUCCUUAGACUGCUAAAAUUGCCUCGUCUUUUUGAUUAUAAAUCCUUUUAAUGACUUGGUGAUCUAAUGCCUGUUAUACGCACGUUUGAAGUUUAAAUGCCUGAAAUGCCUUUCUAUUCUUUUUUAUUUUUGGGGACAGCUUUUCCAAUGCAUCAAAAAAUAAUAUCUAGUCUCUUGUGCGGAAAACGCAAGAAAAUAAUUUCAUUCCCUUUUGUUAUAUUAUUUUUUAACCAUAAUUGAAGGAGUCAAACGUUC